GGGGGAUCUAGGAUAGUUUAAUAUGAUAACGAGGGAAAUCUGUAUCGGAGCAGCAUUGCGUGACAUGUCAGACUAGUUUCCGUAUCAAAUCACUUUUUUGCAUUUUUAGUUUCACUUUCAAGUUGAAUUUUCGCAGGAGCUCCUCUCCUUUUGCAAUGAUCGCUGAGAUUCUUGCGGUUGCGGCAUUUCUUUUUGAAAACUGCACUGGUGUCCUUAUAAGCCGGACUUCUAUCUUCCGAGAAGACGAGGAACAGAGCUUGAUACAGCAAGAUGUACGACAGUACGAUGAUUUCUUAAGUUUCGAUCCAAACGACGAUGUUUUCCGAGAGUUUGAUCACCCAGAAGGGGAAGAAGAAGACCCUAAAUCAUGGCGGAAGGUGCGUCCUGCCUUCAAAUCGUCGUUGUGGACAUCUUUCAAGACAGUGUUUGCCACGCAGAUUCUCGCUGGCACAGGAAUAGGUCUGUUAGCAAUUUUUAUUACAUUCUUAGACUUCAACUUCGCCGAUCUUUGCUACGAGAAGACUUCAGAAUGGAACACAAUGCCCUUGAAAAUCCAGAGAAUUCGGGUAACUGCUCAAUCGGUUGAAGGUUUCACGAUAGAGUUGUGGUACUUCCUCGUCCUUACCACAGCAUUUCCUGGGUCCCUUCUAAAGAAGUUAAACCUGCUAGUGUUGAACUUACUUGCGGCUUUCACAGACAUGUCUUACCGGCUUUAUCUCCAAUUGUAUGGGAUCUACAAGCUCCCAUGGAUGUCUUUCCCUUUAAAUGUCUUGUUUACUACCAUGGUUCUUCUUAAUGCAUGGAUUCUAGGAAGACAUUUUAGCUCUUUAAGCAUAAAAGGUGCUGUGAAGUAUGCAUUUAUAUUGUCUGCACAGUUUACACUCGGAAUGUUUAUUACUUAUCUCCUAGUUUACAAAUUACUUCCGUGGUAUAAUGUGCAAAGCGAAAGCAUGAAAGUCUUUAUUGCUGGGGCAUGUCCCAUAGUUACUGCCAUUCCCAAGGUUGUAUCACGUCUUGGCGCACAGAAGUUAAACAGGGUUGUCCACCCAGGGACCGCUAACGUUUUUGUUGGGGCGUUGUAUGGUGCCUCUGCUAUUGUUUUCCGUAUCAUGCAAGCCGAGCUGUCAAGCAUUGAUCUUUUCAUAGCUCUGGGUAUAGGCCAUGCUUUCAUCGAUAUGCUUGAACGUUUGACAAUAACAAUGCGAGACUAUUUAUGGGAGCGUUUUUGCCGCCUUUUCUGUCGCCAGAGAAGACCGCUAUCCAAGUACAGUACACCAAGAAGCCGCCGUUUCAUGGCUGAUGUCAGUAUUCAGAUCUUAAUACAAGAGUCAACAAGUUUGAUAGCUGCACUUGGCUUCAUUCAUUUGUUCCAUUUUAUGUACAGCAACAAUAAGCCACCAUUCACCGACAACAGUGUACUGAUCAACUUUGCUAUUCGUUGUAUAAUAGGGCUGUGUAUUGAUGUAGUUUUCAACACCAUCUCGGUGGUGAUUCAAACUAGGCUAAUGAAUAUUGCUGUAAAUAGAGUUUGGAGAAAGAAAUGGCGAUAUCAUCUUGUGGUAAAUCUAAUUAUAACAUCUUUAACGAUUAUCUAUUUCACAGAAUACCUUCUCGAUGUUGCGAGAAAAAAGUAUGAUUUAAAUCAUCCUGAAGAAAUAAGGUUUUUUUGGAAUUGUUCAGAACCACUCCUUUAAGUGAAAAAAAAAACACAAGUUAGAUGAGCCAUUAGAACUGACUUCCUGUUUGUAGUGAAUAUUAAUUAGUAAGGAGAAUGUUGAUUUUGAUGUCAUAAUUCUAAGAAUACUGUAGUUGAUUUCUUACCGCUCUCUGAUUGGCUGAUAAAGAGGGUAUUUUUUUUGUAUGGAAUUAAAUGGUCAAGCUAAUUUUUUUUUAAAAUAGCACAGGUAUUCGAUAUAAGUGAAAUGUAAAAAAAAACAAUAGUCAAGAAGUAAGGAGGUUUAAGCCCCUCCCUCUCCAACGACAUAAAUUGAACUUGAAAUUAAAUGAUUUUUUUUCUGUUGAUUCGCAGAACUUCUUGUUAUCUUUUGGAUUAGAUAGUAAUAUAAUGUAUUUUUAAUAAGUAAUUACCUCAUAGUAUGUAUUAGUUGGAUAGGUUUAUUCCAAAAUGUCUAAUAUCUUGUUAGCUAUGAAUAAAGCUAUAUCCUAGCCUAAAA